AUGGUGUUUGCGGUUUUUCAAAAAUCUUUAUCGCUUCAAAAGAAGGCCAAAAUCUUGCAAGACUUGGUUGACUGCCCUGAGAUUGUUCAUUAUUUUGGAAACGAUUUGAGUGUUGAAAGUGGCGUAGGGUUCUAUAACUUGCAGCUAGAGUAUGCGUCAGGAGGCACCCUUGAAGAUUUAAUCAAGAAAACUGGAGGAAAAUUAGUGGAAUAUGAUGUGCAAAGGUUACGUACAUUGCGACCUGAAGCCAGAAAUAUUCUUGUUUUUCGUUCUAAAGAUGGUAGAGGCAUUGUUGUUAAGAUUGCUGAUUUUGGAAUAUUGAAAAUUCUGAGAGAGGAGAAUGAUUUUGUGAAGAGAAAGCUUUGCUUUCGGGGAACUCCUAUAUAUAUGUCUCCAGAAUCUGUUGCAUUAGGUCUAGUAAUGUUUCAAAUUGUUUUUGGAAAGGAGCCACCAAAAAUACCCGAAACUAUGUCAGAACAUGGGAAAGAUUUCUUGGGGAAGUGUUUUGUAAGAGAUCCUAGAAAGAGGUGGACUGCUGAGAUGCUACUGAACCAACCUUUCGUCAUUGAAACUGAAUGUUUGACAUCUACAAAAAUCCGUCUUGAUUGUUCUUUCAUCAAUUUCAAGGGGACUGUCUUCCUCAGAAACAUUGCUUCCUCCUCCUGGAUUCUAUGCUUUUCCUUCAAUGCUGCAUGGGCAUGCCCAUUAUUAUGGUAA